AUAUGGAACUGUCCUCAGCAUAUUCAAUCGUUCUCUCCCUUGUUCUGAUCACCUUCUUGACUUGUGCAUGGAAAUUACUGUGUUUGUUUUGGCUGAAGCCGAGGAAGCUAGAAAGAUGUCUGAGACAGCAAGGUCUAAAUGGAACCUCUUACAGGCUAUCGUUUCAAGACCUGAGAGACAACAUGAGAAUGAGCAAGCAAGCUCAAUCUCAAACAAUUACUCCUUUCUCAAAUGACAUCGCACCUCGCUUGCUCCCUUUCUUUCAUCGCUCCAUCAAGAAAUACGGGAAGCUUUGCUUUACAUGGUUUGGGCCAACGCCUGUAUUGACAAUCAUGGACUCAGACAUGUUGAAACAAAUAUUUUCACGGAUCAAUGAGUUCGAAAAGCCACAUCCCAAGGCCACGGAAGAUCUCUUAGUAUCAGGGCUCAUCAUGAUUGAGGGUGAGAAAUGGGUCAAACAUAGAAAGAUCAUCAACCCGGCUUUUCACUAUGAGAAGUUGAAGUAUGUAGUGACUGCAACAUUGUCAAGUUGCGAGGAGAUGAUUAGGGGAUGGGAGAAGCAAAGUUUGGCGGGCGAAGUAGAUGUUUGGCCUGACCUUCAGCAUUUGACAGGUGAUGUACUCUGUAGAGCUGCUUUCGGUGUAACCUACGACCAAGUCAUGAGUAUCCUCCCCCUUCAACAAGAACAAAUUGCCCUCACUAGCAAGAUUCUUCAGCUCGUGUUUAUUCCCGGGUGGAGCCUCUUGCCUACCAAACUGCGGAAGAGGAUGAAAGAAAUCAACCGCAAAGUAGAAGGAUUGUUGGAAGACAUAGUGACCAAAGAGAGGGCAAUGGAGGAAGGAAGAGCAGAUGACGAUGAUCUCUUGGGACUGUUGCUAAAAUCAAACAUGAAAGAAAUUCAGGAGUCCGUGGAUCAAAAGGGCAUGAGCAUGGAGGAUGUGAUUGGAGAGUGUAAAGCAUUCAACUUAGCAGGUCAAGAGACAACUUCUGUUUUGAUUACUUGGACUCUGAUUUUGUUAAGCAAGCACCAGAAAUGGCAAGACAGAGCAAGAGAGGAAGUCCGGCAAGUUUUCGGCAACAACAAACCUGACUUUGAUUCAUUGAGCCAGUUAAAAAUUGUAAGCAUGAUACUGAAUGAGGUGCUCAGGUUGUAUCCGCCUGGAUUUAUGAUGAUGAGAACAGUUCAAAAGACAACCAAGUUGGGAGAUAUACAAGUACCUCCAGGAGUUGUGCUUUUUGUGCCGAUUAUCCUGAUCCACCAUGAUCCAGAGAUUUGGGGUGAUGAUGCCAAAGAGUUCAAUCCAGAGAGAUUCUGAGGAGUCUCAAAAGCAACCAAGAACAAGCUCUGCUUUCUCCCUUUCGGUUGGGGUCCAAGAAAUUGCAUUGGCCAAAACUUUUCUUUCGCUGAAGCCAAAGUUGCUCUGACUUUGAUUUUGCAGAAUUUCUCAGUGCAGCUAUCUCCUUCUUACAAGCAUGCCCCUAUUCCUACGGUCACUACUCAUCCCCAGUAUGGAGUCCCCUUGACCUUGACUAGAAUCGGAUCGUUGGAUCGUAUUUAAUCAGAUUAUGUGCUCUGCUUGCUUCGUUGCGUGUCUAAAACAGUUGUCAUGUUUGUUAAAGAAUAAACCAAAAGUCAUUUAAACAUAUGAUGCCUUCUUGACUAGAAAAGUGGUUCUCAAGCUAGUUAAAUGUGUUUUACGUCCUCUUU